UCUCCUGGGACUCCUCGCAGGCGACCAACCAACCCCGACCUUCAUGUCCCCAAGAAUGACGAGAUGGGCCAUCUUCCUAGCUGGCUACUCCUAUAGGCUCGUGCACCAGCCAGGCACAGCCAUAGGAAACGCUGACGCUCUCAGCAGAUGCCCGUCGAAGAAGCCGGUCGAAGACCCAGCCCCCACGCUCCACCUACUUCACAUUGAUGACGACGCCAGCUGCCCGGUGUCAUCCGCAGAUGUGGCCGUCCACACCCAAAAGGACCCCACACUCCGCCAAGUGAAGUCCUGGAUCCUCAGAGGGUGGCCAGCAGAAAAGCCAGAGGAAAGGUUCAGCCCGUUCACCAGGAAACAGGAGGAGCUGUCCACCAUAAAAGGCUGUCUGCUAUGGGGAGACAGGGUGCUGAUCCCAAGCACUCUGCAACGGUGGACGUUGGAGACCCUGCACAAGGGGCAUCCGGGCAUCGUCCGCAUGAAGGCCCUGGCACGGAGUUAUGUCUGGUGGCCCUCCAUGGACAGAGACAUUGAACAGUGGGUCUCCAGAUGUGACCCGUGCCAAGAAGUUCGCCCAGCGCCGCCACAAUCCGAAGUCGCGAAGUGGGAGACCCCCAGCAACCCCUGGUCGAGGAUCCACAUUGACUUCGCGGGUCCGAUGCAAGGGCGACACCUCCUCAUUGUGGUAGAUGCCUUCUCCAAAUGGCUCGAGGUGGUGCCCAUGGCAUCUACCACAACAGACGCAACGAUCCGAGCCCUGCGCCGCCUCUUUGCCACACAUGGUCUACCGGAUGUGCUGGUCUCAGACAACGGCCCCCAGCUCACAUCCCUGGCAAUGGAGUCCUUCCUGGCAGGACUGGGCAUCCGCCACGCCCUGUCUGCCCCUUACAGGCCGGCCGGAAACGGACAAGCUGAACGCAUGGUCCGACUGACCAAAGAGGCCCUCACCAAGAUGGGCCCGGGGGACUGGCAAGAGCGCAUAGACAAUUUCCUCCUCACCCAGCACAUCACGCCACACGCCACCACCCACAAGAGCCCGGCCGAACUGUUGAUGGGCAGAAGGUUGAGGUCACCAUUGGACCGGCUG